AUGAGUUUGUUAAAUCCAAAUAAGAUUUCAAGUGAUAAAGCUCUAUCAAAAUAUUUUAACCAACCUAAUGUAACUUUAGGAAACGGUACAUUCUUCUCAAAUUAUAGUGAUGAUUUAAAUAAAAUAAUUAAACAUGUAACAUUGAAAAUCGACGUAUCGCAUACAAAUCAUAGUCAUAUAAUUGGUCGUUAUGGUUGGAAUAUUAAAACAAUCAUGAUGAUUACCCAAUGUCGUAUACAUUUUCCAGAUUCAAAUCGUAAUAGUUCAAUCAUUAAAAGUAAUCAAGUUUCAAUAUCUGGUCAGUUGGAGAAUGUAGAGAAAGCUAGAAGAAUAAUUCGAGAUAUCCUUCCAAUUACAUUUACAUUCGAAAUACCUUAUUUAAACAAUGAAAAUUUACUUAUAAAUCAAAAUUCACUGGUUAUUCAUCAAAUUCAAAAUGUUUAUGGUGUUGAAAUUACAUUUCGUAAUCACUAUAAAUUAACACCUUAUAGUAAGACAACUGUUAGUGUUAAAGGAUUAACAAUCAAUGCAAAAAAAACUAAAAGUGUUGUACAUAUGUUAAUUAAGAGAUACUUUACUCAGAAUAUGGAUUUUAUACCAGUAAAUAUGUAUAUAAGCAUGGAUACAAAAUAUUCUUCAAUGUUAAAUAAUCAAAUUUCAUCAGAUAAUUUAAUUAAAUUAAUUUAUGAAACAACUAGUGCAAAUAUUAAUUUUAUUACUUCUAAUACUUCAAUUAACAAUUCCUAUUUAUCAUCUACAUCAUUAUCAAAAACAAAUUUAUCACAUAAUCAAUUAAAUUCUAUGGAUGAUUUUUCUAACUUUUCAAAUAUAAAACACAAUUUAAUAUUGAGUAAAUUAAAUUUAAACAGUCAUUUAUUAAAUCAAUAUAUCAAUAGAAAAUCAAAUUAUAUUCAUAUAUCUGGUAAUGUAGACAAUGUGUUUUUAGCCAGACAAUUGAUAACAAAUUUAUUACCUGUUGUAUUAAUAUUCGACGUGGAUAUACUACAAGGUGAAUGGCUUGAAAAUUUGAAUCUCACUAAUUUAUGCAAAUAUUAUGAAGUGAAUUUAACUAUUCGAAAUAAGCCAAAAUAUUUGGUCAAGUCUGUUGUAAUCAAGACGAGAGAGAAAAAUAUUCGUUCACUUUAUAUAAUGUGGGAAUUGAUACAAGAGUUACUUUUACAGUUUACAAAAAACACCAUCUGUAGAAUCAAUAAUCCUAGUUGGUUAAGCUCACAAACUUACAAUAUUCAAACGCAAAAGUUAUGGCUGGGUGAUAUUCCUAAACAAAAUGAGGAAUCUACAAAAAUUUUAUUUUCUACAGAUAAAGGAAACAUACUUGGUGACAAAGAAGACAAUAAACUAGAUAAAGAAGAGACAGUAUUAAAAUACAAAACAUCAUUUUCAACAAGUGCAUCAUCAAGCCCAUCGCCAUCGUUUUCAUUAUUUCAUCAUGAUCCAUCAGUUAAAGUGAAUCUAUUAAAUAAAAAUAAUGAUUUACGUUUGAUGGGUUAUGAAUCAAAUGCAGCACUUUUACAUUCGUUUGGACACAAUGGUGUAUGGAAUAAAUAUGGAGAUUUUGAAGAAAAUAUUGAUUUUCAUGCAGAUAAAAAUAAUUUAGGCGCAUUUAUCGUAACUCCAAGUCAUAUUCGUAAAAUUGAUCAGGACAUAAAAAGAGGGCCUGGUGAAUCAAAUCGGCGGAAAACUACUUAG